AGAGCCCCAGGGCGAGCGAGAGAGAGAGAGAGACAGACAGAGAGACAGAGGCAGAGAAGGAGAGCCCAGACGAGAAGAGGGCAAACGAACGAAGGAGAAGGAAGGAGGAGGAGAUAGAAGAGAGGAGGCUCGAAAAGCCGGAGGUCUUUCUUUUGUUCGCGCUCACUUCAUCGCCGUCGCAGGAGUCUGAUCUCGUGCUUCAUCUUCUUCGUCGUCGUCUCGGAGCGAGCGAGCAAGCUCUUCGUCGUACAGACGUUUGUUCGCCAUGGCAGCUGCUUACGCCCAGAUGUUGAGGGCGAAUGUUGGCGUGCCGCAGGCCGCUGUGUCUGGGGAGACGCCGGCGACGUCGUCGUCCGCGCUCGGUGCGAACAAGGCUUUCUUCGGAGUGAAUCUGAAGAAUAGGUCAGGGUUUGUGAAUGGUGGUAGGGGUUUGAGGGCCAGCACGAAGAGAGAUGCCCGCAAGAGCCAUGUCGGCCCGGUCAGAGUUGUGGCUGAGAAGGUGGUGGGUAUCGAUUUGGGAACCACGAAUUCUGCGGUGGCCGCCAUGGAAGGAGGAAAGCCUACCAUUGUGACUAACUCCGAGGGGCAGAGGACCACUCCCUCCGUCGUCGCUUACACCAAGACCGGCGACAGGCUCGUUGGACAAAUUGCCAAGCGUCAGGCCGUCGUGAACCCCGAGAACACUUUCUUCUCCGUGAAGAGAUUCAUCGGUCGCAAAAUGAACGAAGUCGACGACGAGUCCAAGCAAGUUUCUUACACGGUCGUCAGAGACGACAACGGGAAUGUGAAGCUGGACUGCCCGGCAAUAGGAAAGUCCUUCGCAGCUGAGGAAAUUUCCGCUCAGGUCUUGAGGAAGCUCGUGGACGACGCCUCCAAGUUUUUGAACGACAAGGUUAGCAAGGCAGUCAUCACUGUUCCAGCCUACUUUAACGAUUCACAACGUACGGCCACCAAGGAUGCUGGGCGUAUUGCCGGUGUGGAAGUGCUCCGAAUUAUCAACGAGCCUACUGCCGCUUCCUUGGCGUACGGUUUUGAGAGGAAGAGCAACGAGACUAUCCUGGUCUUUGACUUGGGAGGUGGUACCUUUGACGUCUCAGUUCUGGAGGUCGGUGACGGUGUGUUUGAAGUGCUUUCUACAUCCGGAGACACCCACCUCGGUGGAGAUGACUUUGACAAGAGAAUCGUGGACUGGCUGGCUUCCGCAUUCAAGAAGGACGAGGGAGUCGACCUUUUGAAAGACAAGCAGGCUCUUCAAAGGCUAACAGAGGCAGCAGAGAAGGCAAAGAUGGAAUUGUCAUCGUUGACCCAAACUAGUAUCAGUCUUCCCUUCAUCACUGCCACUGCAGACGGACCGAAGCACAUAGACACCAGUCUGACCCGUGCCAAGUUCGAGGAGUUGUGCUCUGACUUGCUAGACAGGUGCCGGACGCCUGUGGAGAACUCCUUGAGAGAUGCUAAGCUCACCUUCAAGGACUUGAACGAGGUCAUUCUUGUCGGUGGGUCUACUCGUAUCCCUGCUGUACAGGAGCUCGUGAAGAGGAUUACUGGCCGGGACCCGAACGUCACCGUGAACCCUGACGAAGUCGUCGCACUGGGAGCUGCUGUUCAGGCCGGUGUGCUCGCUGGUGAAGUCAGUGACAUUGUUCUACUUGAUGUUACUCCCUUGUCUAUUGGACUGGAGACUCUUGGUGGUGUUAUGACCAAGAUCAUUCCCAGAAACACCACUCUGCCUACCUCCAAAUCCGAGGUCUUCUCCACGGCAGCAGACGGCCAAACCAGUGUCGAGAUCAAUGUUCUUCAGGGUGAACGUGAGUUCGUGAGAGACAACAAGUCCCUCGGAAGCUUCAGAUUGGAUGGCAUUCCCCCCGCACCUAGAGGUGUACCACAAAUUGAGGUUCGGUUUGAUAUCGAUGCCAACGGUAUUCUCUCCGUUACUGCUCAAGACAAGGGAACUGGAAAGAAGCAGGAUAUUACAAUCACUGGAGCCAGCACUCUACCGAAGGAUGAGGUCGAGAGAAUGGUGAAGGAAGCUGAAAAGUUUGGACAAGAAGAUAAGGAGAAGAGAGACCAAGUUGACACCAAGAAUCAGGCCGAUUCCAUCAUCUACCAAACUGAGAAGCAGUUGAAGGAACUCGCCGAUAAGGUCCCGGUUCCGGUCAAAGAGAAGGUUGAGGCCAAGUUGAAGGACCUGAAGGAUGCUGUUGCCGGUGGCAACACUCAGUCGAUGAAGGAUGGUAUUGCUGCUCUGAACCAGGAAGUCAUGCAAUUAGGUCAGUCCUUGUACAACCAGCCAGGUGCCCCUGGAGGACCUGCACCAGGAGGUGCCCCAGAGGGAGCAGAAGCACCUAAGGCCCCAGGAGGUGACGAUGUCAUCGAUGCUGACUUCACUGACAGCAAGUAAAAAAUUUAGGAUAAAUCAUAUUUUAAAACCUGCGUCUUUUUCAAAAUAAUGCACCAAAAGAGUGCCUUUGUAACACAAAGAAUAGGUAGAGUUGAGAUAGUAUAUUGAGAGGGAUUCCUUAAAACCAUCGAUGCAUUAGGUACUCGGUAGUGGGGAUGUAGACAUGGACAUCUUGUCAGACCGUUCAUGUCUGGUGAAGCGAAAUCGAGAGGGGAGAAAUUAUAGUCUCCCUGGUUCAUUUUCGAACGCAAUUCACGGAGGUGGAUCGUAGUAUCUCUCUCCCUUUUAGAAGACUUGAGGUUUUUUUGUCCCGACAAGCUCUCAAUUGCUAGAGACCGAAAUGCAAUUUUUUAGGAUGGCUUACACACUGUUACGAAGAGACUUCUCGCCGACAAGUCGUCUCGCAUGACUUGGAUCGGUGGCAAGUGAAAGAUGUAAACUUCAUGAAUUGCUUCAAUCAAUCAUUAUCAAACAAGUUACUUGCUACAUUCAA